AUGAAAAUUUCAAUUAAUUUUUAUAAAAUAUUUAUAAUUGGAAACAGCAAAUUUAACCAAUUUAUACCAAGUUUGUGUUUUUUUUUGCUCUUGGCAUUACAGCCGAUGCCGAUCUGUUAUGCCUCUCUUAUCAGUGUUGUAGCGGGUUUCUCAAUAUAUCUUCUAGGAAUUCUCAAAAUGUAUAUUUCAGUUGAACAGUCGAAAUUUUUUACGAUCGAAAUACUUUUCCUUACUAUAUAUUCGAUAUAUAGGUAA